GCCUGCUUUGUGGAAACAUCAUGUCAGUCGCGGCGGGGGGCGCGGGCUGCGCCCCGGCUGUGCGCCCCGGCUCGGGCUGCUCGGGGCGCCGGGCGGCCGCGCCUUUGUCCCGGCGCCGAUCGGCAGCUCCCGGGGCCGCCGCCGCCGCCUCCCGCGCCCGGCCUCGCCCGCUUCCUGCGCCCCCUCCCCGCGCGCCCGGCCCCGGCGCGCCCCGGGCCCCGCUUCCUGCGCGCCCGGCGCCCCUCCCCGCCCCUCCCCGCCGCCCGCCUCCCCGCUCCCCGGCCCCACCGCUAUUGUCUAAUGGCGGCGACGCCGGCAGUGGCCGCGGCUCGGCUGCUGCGGAGGCUCCGGCUCCACCUGCCGCCGCCGCCGCCCGUGCCCCGUGCGCGCCGCCGAGGGGGGGGACGCGCGCGCCCGGGGAGGCCUGCGGAUCCCCACCCCGGCCCGCCUCCCCGGGGCCCGCCCGCCGCGGUGACCUUGGGCCCGGCGCGCCCCCGCCCCGGGCCGCGGCCCCCGCCACCCGCCCCAGCCUGGCGGCCGGCCUGGCCUCGGUUUCCCCAUCUGUCAAAGAAAGGGACCCGGCUGCCCACGUCGAAGCCGCCGGCCAAGCCGUGGCACGACCUGGACGCGUGCCAGGGACGUACUCUGUGACCUUGGCUCUGGCCGGGCGGUGGCUCUCGCCGGGCCUCAGUUUCCUCUUCUGCAGAAAGGCAGCGGUCAUGCCGCCUUCGUCAGGGAAGCCAUUCUUUGGACACAUUUAUGGAGGGCCUGUGUGCCAGGCCCGGCUGCUCCAGGGCCCUGGGGUGGGGGGUCCCUGCCCUGGUCAGGUGCCUGGAGACAGACAGAGACAAAUUCACGAGCUGAAUUCCCGGCAGGCAGCCUGCCGCCUCGGAUGAAUGGUUAGGCCUCGACUGUUUCCAUCUGUAAAAUGGAUCAGGAACCCGAGACUCCUUACCUUGGCAGGCAAAGGUGAGAGGCCUCAGUGAUCAACAUUAAUAAUCUUUUGUUGUUCCUUCUCCACUCCCACUGCUUCACUUGACUAGCCUUAAACA